UGUGUGCUCAGUUCAUGUUAACUGGAAUGUGGUUGGAUUUAUCAUUAUGCACAAUUUCAGACAUCCGGGUUAUUUUUUUGCCUUCACAUAUUUGUAAACAUACAGUCUUUGUACAUAAGUGCAAAGGAGAUUUAUAUGUUUCUAUGUUUUUAUGAUCGAAUUCCAAUGCCACUUACGCCAUCUAGUGUUCGCCGGUGGUAAUGUGUCUGUGGGAGGAGACUAAAACCUGCGUGUUGGAUCCACUAAAAAAAUAAUGUGUCAUGGCAUGGGUUAGGAGUUUAGAGGCUUAGCUGGGUGCUGGUGUGGAGCAGACGCUGCUGGUGACCAAUUGACCCCUCAAACCCACAAGGAGACACGAAUAAAGCAGAAGACCAGAGCGCGAGAGCCUGCAGCCGGAGGGCAGUUCAAGAUGGAUGAGAAACAUUGUUGUGUGACGCUGUCAGUCCAGCCCUCCAGAGGACUUGUGGAUGAGAAAUUUGUUAUACUGGUCCAGAACAGCUUUCCCAGUUCCCUGUUGACCAUCUACGCCCACCAUCAGUGUGAAGACGGCUACAGCUGGCACGCAUUCGCCCACUACACUUCUGAUGCCACUGGUGCUGUGAACGUUUCGGAAGAUUGCAGUACAGGUGGGACUUACUCAGGUGUUGAAGCUAUGGGUCUACUAUGGAGCCUCAAGCCAGUUCCAGGCAGCAAACCAGGACUCAGGAUGAGGAAGAAGAAUGUCCAGGCCCCCAUGGUGGUCACCAUAUCUGUCUAUAGCGGUCACCUGACAGAGGGCUUUGGGGAUCAGGUCCCGCUGGCCGGUGUAGAAGUGGAGCGGUGGUACAUGGCUCCUGGUGUCCAGAGGAUCCCAGUCACAGAGGAUGGACUCACUGCAACCCUCUUCCUGCCUUCAGGACCUGGACCUUUUCCUGGUCUCCUGGACCUGUGGGGCGGUGGAGGUCAGUUGGUGGAAUAUCGUGCAGCUUUGCUGGCCUCGCAUGGCAUUGCCUCAAUGGCAAUUGAUUACCUGACAUGUAAAUACACCAUGGAAACAGGAAAGAUUGUGGAGCAGGACUACUUUGAGGUGGCUUACAAAUUCCUCCAGAAGCACCCGAAGGUCCUCGGCAGUAGAAUCGCCAUGUUGGGUCUCUCCCUGGGCACCAGUGUCAUCCUGAAAAUGGCUGUGCAUUCUCAAAUUAUGAAGCUCAGCUGUGCCGUGUGUGUUAGUGGGAGUCAUGUGCAGCCAGUGGAUGGAUUCUUGAAGGAGAUGGUGGAUCGCUACAAAAACUGGGGGAGUGAUCGCUUUACCAAAGAUAAUAAGGUGGUCUGGCGAGAUCUCCUGCUGCCCAUCCCCACUGACCUCUCCCUCAAAGUGGAUGUGGGAAAACUCCAGUGUCCACUGAUGCUGAUUGUUGGUGAGGAUGAUCAGAACUGGUGCCCCCAUGAGUCUGCAAUGGAUGUGGCUUACAAAUUCCUCCAGAAGCACCCGAAGGUCCUCGGCAGUAGAAUCGCCAUGUUGGGUCUCUCCCUGGGCACCAGUGUCAUCCUGAAAAUGGCUGUGCAUUCUCAAAUUAUGAAGCUCAGCUGUGCCGUGUGUGUUAGUGGGAGUCAUGUGCAGCCAGUGGAUGGAUUCUUGAAGGAGAUGGUGGAUCGCUACAAAAACUGGGGGAGUGAUCGCUUUACCAAAGAUAAUAAGGUGGUCUGGCGAGAUCUCCUGCUGCCCAUCCCCACUGACCUCUCCCUCAAAGUGGAUGUGGGAAAACUCCAGUGUCCACUGAUGCUGAUUGUUGGUGAGGAUGAUCAGAACUGGUGCCCCCAUGAGUCUGCAAUGGAUAUGAAGGGGAUGAUGGAACGAGCAGGGAACAACCAUCUACUGACUCUCUUGUCGUACCCAAACGCAGGUCACUUGAUCGAACCACCAUACAUGCCUCAUGCCAGAAAGAGUCUCUUCAGAGAUGUGCUGUCACAUCAGAAGCGGACGGUUCUGUGGGGAGGACAGACCCUGGAACAUUCUCGGGCUCAGGAGGACGCCUGGAGGAAACUGUUGGUCUUUCUGAGGAAGAAUCUGUACAGCGGAGCGAAGAGUGGAUCUUUGCCACUUUCCAACCUUUAACUAAUGACCAGAGGUUGUUGAAUUGAACAGUUGAACCACAUAACUUCUUCUCUGGCAGACAAUGAAGAUUGCUUUAGGAGCUAAAUGGAGGCUCAAGUGAAAAAGCUUUUGAUUGUUGAGCAUUAUUUACCUAAACUGCCUUAACUCUCCUGGGCAUGGUGAACUCCAUGGUAAAUAAUGCUGGCCAUACAAAAUAUCGACACUUAAGAAACUUUCACUAAGGGGUGUACUCACAUUUGUUGCCAGUAGUUUAGACAUUAAUGGUUGUAUAUAGAGUUAUUUUGUGGGAAGAAUAAAUUUACACUGUUAUAUAAGCUGCACA